AUGGCUUCCAGGACAGCUACCUUUGCAACAUUACGCGGAGAACUCUUUACCAUCAUGGGCCCUCUCAAUUUGCCUUCUGAUGUCUUGCCGCCUAUUCCUGAGCGGUCUCCGUCUGAAUAUAUAAUAGACUAUUGUCAGGGUCCCUGCGAUCGAAACAAUCGGAAUAUUUUAAAAAAAAGUCUUGACGAUAAGUGGCGUAAGAAGGGAGAUAAGUAUUUGGUGGAAAAACACAAGAUUAAACCCAUUGUUAUGGAGACUUUAUUGAGAUAUCUUUGUUAUGGCAUAAUAGACUGGUCUUUAAUUUCUGCAGGCGGUGUUGUCUCACUUCUCGAACUAGCAAAUGAAUGCCGUCUCACAUCUCUCGUUACUGUUCUCCAAACAACUGCCUUGCUUUACGCUAGUGUCUGGUUUGAAGAAUCAAUUGUUAAUGUCCUUGGCACAGCAUUUUCCAGCACAGACUACCCUGCCCUUCGCACAAACCUUAUUCGUUUAAUGAACGAUAACCCUUGGUGGAUCUGCGAUAAUAAAGAGUUGGCAGCACUGGAGGAAAGCAUUUUAAUUAAGAUUUUGACCGAAAAGAAAUACGUACUCAAAGAGACAUUAAAAUUGGAACUGUUAAUACGGUGGAGCUUGGCGCGCUAUCCGAACAUACCACACGACGUAUCUGAAUGGUCAGUGGUUAUUUUUGAUACAUUACGGGAAAGCGUAAGCGACUGCAUAUCAUAUAUUCAGUUCUCGGCUAUAUCGAGGAAUGAUUACUACGAAAAGAUUUUACUAUACAAAGAACUUAUGCCUGAGAAUAUCAAUGAUCCUACUUUGGCAUAUUAUAUAUCAGAAGAAUGCAGCGGCCCGGAAAAGCUAGCCAAGCGACCAAAGGUUAUUCUGCAUGAUUCUUACAUUCUUAAUCAUACGUAUGCGUUAAAGAUAGUUAAUUGGAUUGAGGGAAAAGAAGCAAAGAGGGCAAGCUUGACAGGCCAGCCUAGUUUAAAAGCAUGGAGAUUUGGAAAGCAACAUACGUUCAGACUACUUUAUCGAGCAGGCAGAGAUGGGAGAUCACAUCGGUCGUAUCAUGCCUUGUGCGAUAACAAGGGACCUGUCGUGAUAGUCGGUCGUAUUAUCGAUACGAAUACUAUAGUAGGUGGAUACAAUCCCGUCGAUACGGCAUCUCAUGCUUCUCGCACUCGUGUUCUGGGUGACAGAUCGCCAUUACAAACCGUUGGGUUCAGCAGAAAGCCCUUUAUAUUCUCUUUCGGUGCCGGUGACGAUCCUAAAGGGGCAAUUGUGAGCAGAAUGAUGAUGGGCGAGUCUUUAAACACCAAGAUAGAAGAUCCUUGCUUUGGGUGCAACGAUUUAAAGUUCGAAUUGAGUAGUAUGAAGGGCGUGUGUAUGAGGAAUGUUUAUAACAAAGACAUUGUGGCAGAAAAUGAAUUUAUGAUGGAUGAGUGUGAAGUGUUUCAGGUUAUCAGUGGGUGA